AGAUUGACUGUGAACUUGGGUGGUGUCCCGGUGGUGUCGAUGUGUUCUGGGCCGGCCGGCUACCGGGCACGGUUCUAGGUGCCCGGGAUAUCUCGUGCCAAUGUCAGCCAGUGCUAGAAAUGGACCUAGAAAUGUGCACCUAGAAAUGGUGCGCGAUUGAUUGUCGCGCGGCGUGCAACAGUUCUAGUGCACAUUUGCAAACUUACCCUGCCCCCGGAGCUGGACGGCUUGGGUGGAGUCGAUAUCCUGGCCAGAACCCCAUAAAAAUGGGUGGUUUGUUGUUGUGGUCUGUGUGUUUUUUGUUCAUAUCUACAAUGUCACAUUCUGGUUUUCUGUAGGUCGCCAACUGUUGUGCAGGCGGCCUUACCUAUUUCUGCCGUUGUUGUCUUCUAAUCAACGACCCAUGAAAACCACGGAAACUAAGCCACGGUAUAAAAGGCUAGGGACAAGAAGUUUGAAUUGUUACUUUAGCACAUUUCCUUGCACAGAACGGCAGUAAUCGCUGGGCAGCACACACCACGAUGGAGUUCCUCAGGCAAGUGCUCGGUAUUGCGCUGGCAGUAGGCAUCGUGUGUACGUUAGUGGGCUCGCUGGAUGCAUCGUUUCCGGGUCUUUCGCUCGAAGGAUGGCCCUACUAUUAUCCACUCGGACCCUGGCACGAUCAUACACCGGUGCAACCGUACUACGAACCCGUACCGAUCACACCCGUAGUGGCGGCUCAGCUGGCAGAGUAUCCGGGCGCCAUGUCAAUAGCGGCAACACGUGGCGCAAUCCACAUUGCACCACUGCCCGGUCACUCCGUGUCACAGUUCCAGUACAAUCUGGACGCACCACCUGGAACGUACUAAAGCAAAACAAAAAAGCCAAACAACUACACUGUUCACUUAAAAAUUAGUCAAUAAACAGAGCUGUAUUUCUCGCAAGUACACUAUCCCACCGGAA